AUGCUCGUACUCCACCCCAACUCCCGCUGCGACGUCUGCCUCGAAGGUUACUAUGGUCCUCGGGAUCCUAUCGCCAUCACUUGCGGGCACAUCCUUUGUCAAUGGUGCCUGCAGUCAUUGCCGAAGCUCCAGUGCCCCCUAUGUAGGCACACUUACAACCCAGCUGAUGCCAGGAAACUGCACGUCGACAAGUCUGCCGUCCCUCCAUGUACGCCGGCGAUAUCCUCGCAUGAUCUGGACACCUCCCAGGCUAGUCGUCUCCAGUCAUCCAUCACGAGGGUCACUCUCGAGGGCGCAUCCCGGCCAGAGCUAGAAGAGCUUCUGCAAGAUUGCCACGAUUGGCUGGACGGGCAGCCACAGGAUCAGGUACGUCAUUUCAACGUCUCAUCUGCUGUUGGCGAAGCUGACGUUCCCGCAGUUCAGGGAUCUCCGUGCGGCCCGCCACCUCUUGUACCACAACUCCCGGUACCAGGCUAA